AUGGGACGAGGGCGGCCGCCAAAAAAAUCGGUGCCUCCACCACCAUUUUCUCCGGUGGUCUCUACUCCGGUAACUCAAUCGAACUCGCGAAGCCAUAAUGUCAGCAAGAAUCUCAACACAGCAGAAAUUGGGGGAAUCAAAGACCUUGGAGAAACCUCAGAUGCUCGGGAAGACGGAAGUAUUAAGGAAAAGCGCAAAGAAGUAGACCUGGAAAAACCUAAUCAAACUGCAACUCCUGAAGAAGGGCGGAAGCUAUGGGCUGAUGUGUUAAAGGAUAAUAGGAAUCCGGCGAAAGGUUGUGCUAUGAAGUUCAUACCCCCUCAAGUCGUGGAUGGGAAAAUAGAGGUUCUAAUUGAAGAAGAUGAUGUCAGUUCUGAAGUCAAGUUCUGGGAAUCUUCUCUGGUUCUUUAUGCAAUGGGAGCGGAUUUGAGUAUGAAUGCUGUCAAGAAUUUUAUGACCAGAUCUUGGAACUUUGUUCAACUGCCGGACAUGUAUUUCAAUGAUGAAGGGUAUUUCAUUCUCCGGUUCAAAUCAUUCACAGAUCGAGACGAAGUUUUGCUGAGAGGACCGUACAUGUUAAGAAACAUUCCUUUGUUGAUUCGUGAAUGGAGACCAGAUUUCAAGAUCAAGGAUGAGCUAUUGUGA